UUUGUUUCAAGUUUCGUAUUAGUUAGAUGUUUCUUGAUCUUAUUGCUCUAAGAGUGCUUAUCAGUUAGAUCAAAAUUAAGCUUGAAAUUAUUUUUUCAUGAACAGUUUCCUUGAAACAAAGAAAGGAUCACUCUUUGUCAGAUUAUCCAAGUUGAAACUGAUAACUAAAUUGACUAUUUCAUGUGUAGCAUUCAAUAAGCAUCUAUUGUUUUUAUCCUGAUAGAAUAAUCUAUGAACUCUAUGGAAGAAAUAAUGAAGAAAGUGGUUCUGGUUAAUAAACAAUGCUGAUAAAUUUUUAUCUCCAGUAACUGUAAUGCACAAUUUAUAACCAGUAUUUAUGCAUCACCAGUCUAGAAGGAAACAUCGUCAUCAGCAACUAUUCAACUUUUCAGAUUAAAGUUAUGAAUUAUUUAUUAUUGAAUGUGUUUGGGACAAUUUCAUUAUUUCAAUUAAUCAAUGGUCGGACCAUAACACCUGCAAUCAACGAUACUAUAGUUGAAUUUGAUUGCUCAUCUCCGAAUGUAACUUCAAGUGAACUUCGCACAGCAAUUUGUGGUAGCCAUGUUGGUGCGAUCAACAUUGACGAGAAGGAAACAAACAAAAAAUUCAUUCCUAUUGCUAUUGUUGCAUUGCUAAUCGGGAUAAUUAUCUGUGGUACAAUUUAUCUAACAUUUUAUUUAAAGAGGAAAAAGUCUGCCAAGAAUGGAAAGGUUGAGAGUCAAGAACAAAGCAAACCCAUCGAAGAGCUAAAGAUUCAUGAAAUCAAAAGUGACGCCAAUAAAAAAACAGUGACUAAUGAGACGAAAGAUAAUGGCAAAGAUCAGCCAUUUUAUUCACAAUCCAUUGUACCAGAUGAUCAGCUAGAUGAGGUUUCAUUGAGUGAUUGAUAACCAUCGAAAAUUUUUUGACCUGGAAUCACUACUUGGCUACUCAGACUUGCAGAUGUUGAAUGUCCAUUCAAAUUUUAAGCUAUUAAAGAUGGUCAAAUGCUUGUGGUCACUUCAUGCCACAAAAUGGAGAAUCGUUAUCAACUUUUCAUUGUUAUUGAUUCCUGACUCUGAAAAAACUGGAAAAUCUAAGAAUCAUAUAUUUCAAUAAAAUCUUGAUGUUGUAUCUUCAGAUUUAGUUGGUUAUCGAUUCACCUUUGACUCUAUUCCUAUUUUUCAAGUAAGGUUUAAAAUGAGUUGAUCAGAAGCAUUUGAAUAUGUUUUAAAUUUAAUUUUAAAGACAGUGUUAGAUGAAAUUGUAGUAUUUUUAAUUGAAUAGAAUUGGUUUAAAUUCGUAAUUAACCUGUGCACUUGAUUUGUAUGGGUUGCGAUAUUUUAUUUUAAAGAAAUGAAUCAAUCAGAUUUGGGUUCUUUGUACUUAUUUACGGAACAGGGAAAUCAGACAACUUUGUGUAAAAUAAGAUUAUCGUAAACACUUACAAUGAACUGAAAGGAUCUUUAACAAUUAACGAGCCUUAACGAGAUGUAAAUUAAACAAAAGUGAAAUAAACAAAAUAUUAGAUACACACGAGUUGUUAUCAAUUUCAUAACAACUUAAUUACUAUUAAUAACUAUUAAAAUGAAAAGUACGUAACGCUUUAAUCGCUUCAAUGCGAGACAUGUUAAGAGAGUUUGAUGCAAUUUAUUAUCAUUUUGAUUAGUUGCUGCCUUUUUCAAAUUGUAAUCUAGUUUGAUGAAUGUUGAAUCAAUUUGUUCUCAUGUUGAUGUUAAUAUGACCAUCGAUUGAUAAAUGAUUCCUAACAGGCAAUCGAAACCUUUAUUGCCUAUUUUGGCUUUAUUAAUGUUGUUUUGUGCUUCAGCGGGACUAUUAUUUAACAAAGGUUCGUUCUCAGGCUGUAAGACAUCUAUGCGUAAUGCAUUAUCGAUGGAUCAAAAGGCCAUUCCAGUGAGAAUAGUUCAACCAAAAGCUUCUUUUAGAAUGAUCAAGAGACCCAGAGCGGCCGUAGCAACACCAUCAGGAUGUAGUUCAGCCUCUCAAACGAGUUGCCCGUGUUCAGCUCCUUCAACAUGUGGAUGCAAUACACCAGCAUCAAUGUCAGUGAACAUGAUUCCAGCGCCAUCACCAGUAUCAGUUUCUGUUCCAACGCCAAUGGCAUGGAAUAAUCAGCCAACGUUAACAAUGAUAACAAAUUCUGGAAGUUGGUCAAUGACUUUACCUUCAUCCGUGCCUGCACCGGCUCCAGCUCCUGCUCCAGCUCCAGCUCCAGUGCCAGCACAUGCACCAGCAGCCGCCCCAGUUCAAAUGAUAACAAUGCCACCGAUGAGCUCAGGAUGGGGACCAGCAACCGCCCCUGCUCCUGCUCCAGUGGCAACAUUGCCAAUAAUGGCCACUGGUUGGCAAUCAAUGCCUGCUCAAAUCCAAGCACCAGUGCCGAUGCCAACUAUGGGAUGGUCAAUGCCUGUUCAGUCACCAGCUCCAACACCGAUUUCUGCACCAAUAAUGAUGGGAUGGGCACCAAUGCCUGCUCCUGCACCAGCCCCUGCACCAGCACCAGCACCGAUACCCGCAAUCAUGAUGGGCUGGGCUCCGGCACCAGCGCCAGCACCACCUCCAAUGAUUGCUCCCUCCAUGGGCUGGGGUCCAGCUCCUUCCCCAUCUCCAAUGAUCGCCCCUUCGAUGGGUUGGGGUCCUCCUGCACCAACAAUGAUGAUGGUUCCAGUGUCCAAUCCUAGUCCAUCUGGUUGGGGAUCGAAAGGUAAUUCCAAAUGUGGAUCAAAUUCCGAUUGUGGAUCACAACAACAAGUACUUUACAUAGUUGUAGAGGAACAGACAAUGACACCAAUGAUGAUGAAGGAUAGCUGGGAUUAAUUAUCAAAAUUUUAAAGUGUAAAAUAAAUUUACUCCAAUGCUUAACUUAGACGAUAUCGUUAAUUUAUUGCUGUUAAACUAUCUGGUCAACAUUUCGAAAAUUUUUUUUAUAGAAUGUCAUCUUAAAGAUAACAAAUGUCACUUCCAUAAUCUUCCGGUUAUCUAAUUUUGUCGAAUCAAACUAAAACUUGUAGAAUUCAUCUGAAUGAAUGAAUCACUCAUGAAUUCUUAAAUGUUAAUAAUACUCCUUACUUAUUUUCAGUUCUCUAUUUCCUUUUUUAUUGUGUUUCCAGUACUCUUUGUG